AUGACGGGACAGAUGGAGGAAUUGGACCCCCGGGUAAUGACAGUUUGGAAGGGAUCAUCACACAAGUGUUAAUCAUUUGUACAUAAAACUGCCAAAUAUAUGAAUUAUUGUUUAUGAUGAACUCCUGAGUGGCGCAGUGGUCUAAGGCACUGCAUCGCAGUGCUAACUGUGCCACUAGAGAUCCUGGUUCGUAUCCAGGCUCUGUCGCAGCCGGCCGCGACCGGGAGACUCAUGGGCGGCGCACAAUUGGCCCAGCGUCGUCCAGGGUAGGGGAGGGAAUGGCCGGCAGGGAUGUAGCUCAGUUGAUAGAGCAUGGCGUUUCAACGCCAAGGUUGUGGGUUCGAUUCCCACGGGGGGGCCAGUAUAAAAAAAAAAAUUGUAUUCACUAACUGUAAGUCGCUCUGGAUAAGAGCGUCUGCUAAAUGACUAAAAUGUAAAUGUAAAUGUAAUGAACUAAGCAAUGUUAUUCAUUCCAAAUUAAUGACAUAAUUGCGUUCUGGGUUUAUUUUGUAAAUGAGCUUUUAUGUCAUUAAUAGACAUAGUUUAGUUGGAUGGGUGGUUGGUGUGUUUGUUGGUCAGUGGGUUAAUUUGUUAGGCAGACAAGUGAUAGGGCUCAAGUAAAAUCAAACCAGCAUUGCAUUCUUUCUUUAUGAAACGGAUUGGACCUGGCUAGGUUUGCCAUAUGUCCAGUAGAGGGCAGUGCUACUCCUACCUCAGCAGUGCUACUCCAGCAAAAACUCCUACCUCAGCAGUGCUACUCCAGCAAAAACUCCUACCUCAGCAGUGCUACUCCAGCAAAAACUCCUACCUCAGCAGUGCUACUCCAGCAAAAACUCCUACCUCAGCAGUGCUACUCCAGCAAAAACUCCUACCUCAGCAGUGCUACUCCAGCGGAUACAGAAAAGAGAAACAAAACUUGAUCGUGGUCAUUCCUGGGGCCUGUAAUAUUAAAAUGGAAUAUCUGAAUGGACUGGUUGGAGAGUUAGUGUGUUAGUGUUCGUAGUUAGUGUUCGUAGUUAGUGUUCGUAGUUAGUGUACGUAGUUAGUAUGAGUAGUUAGUAUGAGUAGUUAGAUGGUUCAUGUCUAGAUCCCUCUUCCCAUACAGGACACCAAGGAGAUGUUGGAGAUGAUGGUGACCCUGGUCGACCUGGACUCUACCUGGAUGGACCACCAGGCUCCCGUGGACCAUCAGGCCCUCCAGGCUGGCCGGGACCUCCGGGAGAUGCCCUCAACACCCGACCUGGUCCCAUGGGUCUACCUGGACUACCUGGGUUACUGGGACCUAAGGGAGAUCCUGGCUUGCCAGGCAUUCCUGGGCCUCCAGGUGCAUCUAAGUCACUGUUAAUACACACACACACAUACAAUAUUUCACUGUCGUGCCAUCUAAACUCAGCAAAAAACGAAAUGUCCCUUUUUCAGGACCCUGUCUUUCAAAGAUAAUUUGUAAAAAUCCAAAUAACUUCACAGAUCUUCAUUGUAAAGGGUUUAAACACUGUUUCCCAUGCUUGUUCAAUGAACCAUAAACAAUUAAUGAACAUGCACCUGUGGAACGGUCGUUAAGACACUAACAGCUUACAGACGGUAGGCAAUUAAGGUCACAGUUAUGAAAACGUAGGACACUAAAGAGGCCUUUCUACUGUCUCUGAAAAAGACCAAAACUUAAGAUGGGUCCCUGCUCAUCUGUGUGAAUGCCUUAGGCAUGCUGCAAGGAGGCAUGAGGACUGCAGAUGUGACCAGGGCAAUAAAUUGCCGUACUGUGAGACGCCUAAGACAGCGCUACAGGGAGACAGGACGGACAGCUGAUCGUCCUCGCAGUGGCAGACCACGUGUAACAACACCUGCACAGGCUCGGUACAUCCGAAUAUCACACCUGCGGUACAGGUACAGGAUGCCAACAACAACUGCCCGAGGAGGAAGGAAUGAGCGUUACACCGAGGCCUGUAAUCUGGAGCGGGAUCGAUUUGUAGGUGGAGGGUCCAUCAUGGUCUGGGGCAGUGUGUCACAGCAUCAUCGGACUGAGCUUGUUGUCAUUGCAGGCAAUCUCAAUGCUGUGCGUUACAGGGAAGACAUCCUCCUCCCUCAUGUGGUACCCUUCCUGCAGGCUCAUCCUGACAUGACCCUCCAGCAUGAUAAUGCUACCAGCCAUACUGCUCGUUCUGUGCAUGAUUUCCUGCAAGACAGGAAUGUCAGUGUUCUGCCAUGGCCAGCGAAGAGCCCGGAUCUCAAUCCCAUUGAGCACGUCUGGGACCUGUUGGAUCGGAGGGUGACGGCUAGGGCCAUUCCCCGCAGAAAUGUACGGGAACUUGCAGAUGCCUAGGUGGAAGAGUGGGGUAACAUCUCACAGCAAGAACUGGCAAAUCUGGUGCAGUCCAUGAGGAGGACAUGCACUGUUGUUCUUAAUGCAGCUGGUGGCCACACCAGAUACUAACUGUUACUUUUGAUUUUUACCCCCCCUUUGUUCAGGGACACAUUAUUCAAUUUCUGUCUGUGGAACUUGUUCAGUUUAUGUCUCAGUUGUUUAAUCUUGUUAUGUUCAUACAAAUAUGAACACAUGUUAAGUUUUCUGAAAAAUAAACGCAGUUGACAGUGAAAGGACGUUUCUUUUUUUGCUGAGUUUAGUAGUCAACACAGGGAAUCAUAGAGCAGUGGAGAUUGGCAGAACAUUACAUUCGCCAACCAGAUACUGUUGCUCUAUAUGUACAUUGAAUGCUUUACAAUCUUUCAUUGUUCUUGGUGACUCUUAAGCUCGUGCUCAUUGCAGCUCUAACCAUAUGGUGAUUUCAUAACAGGGGGACCAGGCCCGUACGGAGAUGUGGGUUACAAAGGACCACAAGGAGACACUGGGGACCCAGGACCAAGCGGUCCCCCAGGUCCGUCCGCAAUAGAAUGUAGACAGAAAGGAGAAAGUGGCCCACCGGGAGCCUCAGGACCACCAGGAGUCAGGGGCCUAUCGGGUGAGGAUCUAAAAUGACCACCACAUGGUACAGUACUUUUCAUGUUUUCAUGAGUGUUGAUCUGUUUGACGCACAGCUAAAAUCAGGGCCCAUAUUUGGAAUUGUUUACGUUGUGGAACUAUCCCCAGAGCAUGUAAUCUUUCCAUGGUCAUUUUAGCGGUCACACUUUUUAAAGGAACUAUAAUUUAUAAAAUAUUAAUAUGGCAUCGAUAAAGUAUUCAUAAGCUCUACAUAAAUAUAAAAUACUCACUGCACAGAGCUUCCCACUGUACAGUAUGCUCUGAACAGUCCUCCACCUCAGUACAGUAUGCUCUGAACAGUCCUCCACCUCAGUACAGUAUGCUCUGAACAGUCCUCCACCUCAGUACAGUAUGCUCUGAACAGUCCUCCAUCUCAGUACAGUAUGCUCUGAACAGUCCUCCACCUCAGUACAGUAUGCUCUGAACAGUCCUCCACCUCAGUACAGUAUGCUCUGAACAGUCCUCCAUCUCAGUACAGUAUGCUCUGAACAGUCCUCCACCUCAGUACAGUAUGCUCUGAACAGUCCUCCACCUCAGUACAGUAUGCUCUGAACAGUCCUCCACCUCAGUACAGUAUGCUCUGAACAGUCCUCCACCUCAGUACAGUAUGCUCUGAACAGUCCUCCACCUCAGUACAGUAUGCUCUGAACAGUCCUCCACCUCAGUACAGUAUGCUCUGAACAGUCCUCCAUCUCAGUACAGUAUGCUCUGAACAGUCCUCCACCUCACGUACUACUUUCAGUAAUUUACUGGUGUGUGUCGUUAGGUUUCCAUGGUGAUAAAGGACAUAAGGGUGCGAUGGGUCCUCCUGGACGUGGAGUGAAGGGACCAGCAGGGAACCCCGGGCCUCUAGGCCCCCCAGGCCCCCUUGGUGCCAAGGGUUUAAGUGGGUCACCAGGUGACCCGGGCUUCCCUGGUUUACCAGGGACCAAAGGUGAGCCAUGUCUUAUUAUUAUUAUUAUUAUUAUUGUUAUUAAUAUUGUCAUUAUUAUUAUCAUGAUGAUGAUGGCUAUUAUUAUCAUGAUGAUGAUGGCUAUUAUUAUUAUCGAGAUGAUGGUGGUGUGGUUAUUAUUAUGAUUGUUAUUAAUAUUAUCAUUAUUAUUAUCAUGAUGGUGGUUUAUUAUUAUUGUGGUGAUGGUGAUUAUUAUUAUUUUGGUUAUUAUUAUUAUCAGCAUUAUUAUUAUUUGUAUUAUUAUCAUGAUGGUGGAUAUUAUUAUUAUCAUUAUUGUUAUUAUCAUUAUGGUGGAUAUUAUUAUCAUGAUGAUGGUUAUUAUUAUCAUGACGAUGAUGUUGUUGUUAUUAUCGUUAUUAUUAUGAUGAUUUUUUACAUUUUUACAUUUUUUGUCAUCAUGAUGAUGGUUAUUAUUAUUAUGAUGAUGGUUAUUAAUAUUAUUAUUAUAAUUAUCAUGAUGUUGGUGGUUAUUAUUAUCAUCUGAACAUAUCACAGCAACAGGCAAUGUCAAAUAAUAUGCUUAGCUAGUUACUUUAACUAUUGUAUUCCGUAUUUUAUAAAACAGAAGCUAUUUUUUGUUGCCAGCUUGUCUCAGCAAACAAAUCCACCCGGUUGACUGAAAUAGUGUUAUGACAUUUACAUGAUUCUCUGUUCGCACAACGAUUGCAUUUGAAUUGGGAUGAAGGUAUAUCAAUAUGGAUGCCAUGUUUUGGAUAUCGCCUGCCUCAACAUAGACCUCCUGCAAGAUUCUUUUAAAGGGAACUGCACAACCCUGGUAUCCCAUUUUGAGUACAAAAUAUACCAGGACCGUGUUCAUUAGGCACCAGUAAGAAACACACCAUUGUUUUCCGUAGCAAAACGUUUUAAAACAUUUUCAGUUGGUGCCCUAAUGAACAUGACCCAGCCAAUGGCCAUGACUAUCUUUAUGAUUAUCCUAUGACAACUAUUCCCAAUGAUGUCAUCUUUCCCAGGGCCCAGCGGAUAUCCUGGUAGAGACGGAUUGGCUGUUCCUGGUCGGCCUGGAAACCCAGGACCCCGCGGUAGGCAAGGGGAGAGGGGUUUUACAGGAGGUGAUGGUCGGCAUGGAGACCUGGGUUACAAAGGAGCCAAAGGUACACAGUUAAUAUACCGUACAUUACUGUUUAUGCACUUUGCAGCAUCCACAGAAUGAAAUAGAACACAUUACACAGUAUUUUGUAUCUCUAUGGCAUCUGCACACAGACAGUCAACCUUCCUUAGAAAAAUUUGCAAAUACUUUCCUUAUGUGGACUGUGUCAUUUCAGUGAAUUUAGAAUACUAUUCUCUCUGUGUAUACUUCCUUGUUUAAAGUGUCCUAUCUCUCUUCAUGACUAUACUAUGUGCAUGAUUUUCUGUCUGUGCAUACUUACCAUAACAUGACUAUUUCAGUGUGCUAUCCCUCAUCGUGGACUGUGCUGUUUCUGCAUAGAAAGACAUAUCAUCCUUUUGUUGUUACCUUCACUAUAUUAUAUAUGUUGUAUUUAUAUGUACACAUAGUGUAGUAUAUUAUAUAUUGACAGUGUAGAGUGUCCCCAGGUCAUAGAGGUCCCCCCGGAGAGCCUGGUCAAGCAGGACCAAAAACCAUUAAAGGACAGAAGGGCUCUCGAGGACCACCAGGAGAGGGUGGCUUCAUUGGAGCCAGAGGUGAGAGAGACAGAACCAACCCCCUCUGCACACUCUUAGAAAUAAAAAAAAAGGUGCUACCUAGAACCUGAAAGGUUUCUUCAGCUGUCCCUGUAGGAGAACCAUUUGAAGAACCCUUUUUGGUUCCAGGUAGAACCCGUUUUGGUUCCAGGUAGAACCCUUUCUUACACAGAGGGUUCUACAUGGAACCCAAAAUAGUUGUACUUGGAACCAAAAAGGGUUCUCCUAUUGCGACAGACGAUUAACCUUUUUGGAACCCUUUUUUCUAAGAGCAGUGUUGGCACCAUGGUUUUAUGCAACACAUCGAAAAUAUGUUAAAACAGAGAAGUGCUGCUUUGGUAAUAGAUGUCGGACAAUGAGGUUUUCUUUGAACAUUUAGAAAAAUACUUCAAACUAAAAUAAGUGGAUGUAGGUGGUAGUAGGUGGUACUGUAUUUUAAGGCCUAUAGUAAAGGAAGUACAAACCUUUAUUGAUUCUCUGGUAAUACAGGGAUAGACAAUGUUCUUUCUUCUCAGGUUCCAAGGGCCCAAUUGGGCCACCAGGUAAACCAGGGGGGAAUGGAUGGGAUGGUCCCCCUGGUUAUGAGAAAGGGCUCCCAGGACAACCUGGCAGACCUGGUCCCCCCGGACUCCCUGGACCCCGAGGACCUAAAGGCUUGAGAGGUGUAGUGGGUUUCCCUGGACCAGUCGGUGAUAAGGUACUUCAUUACUGAUACUCAUCACUACAGCUUGGAUGUUCUUUGUUUACCUGAUUGACCUACUAAAACUUUGGUAAAAAUUGCUAUUAUGAAUGGUUUCCAGACAAAUUAAUGCUACUCAAGAUUGAUGAAUUAGGUCCAGUAUGUCUGUAUGUAUUUAAGUUGAGAGUAUAUUCCUUCCCAAGUAAGUGGUCUUAGAAGUAAUGUGAGAUCAGAUGUCUUUGUUAAGACACAGGAUGUUUAUGUGUGAGUAUCUUGAUGUGUGGGUGUUACUGUGUGUUGCUAUGCCAGUGACUGUUGCUUUGUCCCCCUUGCAGGGGGACCCUGGGUACACUGGACCUCCUGGGAUCCCAGGCCUUCCAGGAUUGACAGGCUUAAAGGGUGAGUAGAGAGACAACAGGAAAUACACACAAACAUGAUAAGGAUAAGGGGAGCUUAAAGGGACAGGGGGAGAGGAAGGGGAGGUCUUAAAGGGACGGGGGAGAGGAAGGGGAGGUCUUAAAGGGACAGGGGGAGAGGAAGGGGAGGUCAUGAAGGGACAGGGGGAGAAGAAGGGGAGGUCUUAAAGGGACAGGGGGAGAGGAAGGGGAGGUCAUGAAGGGACGGGGAGAAGAAGGGGAGGUCUUAAAGGGACAGGGGGAGAGGAAGGGGAGGUCUUAAAGGGACAGGGGGAGAGGAAGGGCAGGUCAUAAAGGGACAGGGGGAGAGGAUUCCAAAACAUGGGUUAUUAUCAGAGUGAAAGUGCUGUAAUUACCGACCGAUAUCUCCUCUGUAUUCUGCCGUCAUGAGCAACUGAAACUCCAACCCUGACCCUAUUCUGCAGGUGACCCAGGAGACUCCAUAGGAGAACCAGGAACACCUGGACCACCGGGACCUCCGGGAGAAAGCGGACCCUUAGGUGAUCACAAUACAACGUCUACUUCCAAAAUACCGCCCUAUUCCCUAUACAGAGCACUACACUCCUAUUGGCUAGAGCCUGAGUAUCUGGGGCACUACUUUUGGACACAUUUCGAACUGAGCGAACAAUCACAAACAACGCCAUUAGGGCGGAUUACAGCUUUGAGAUGAUGGCAACAGGAUACAGGAUGUUUAGGGUUCCCUGACCCAGAUCAAGCCUACCAGACAGAAAGUAAAUAAAUACUCACUUCCAAUGGGGAUUCUGGCCCGUACACUUUAGAGGUCACAUCAGUGCACAGUACAUUCUUAGAAAAAAUUGUGUUAUCUAGAACCUAAAAGGGUUCUUCGACUGUCCCCAUAGGAGAACCCUUUGAAGAACCCUUUUUGGUUCCAGGUAGAGCCCUUUUGGGUUCCAUGUAGAACCCUUUCCAUGUAGAACCAAAAAGUGUUCUCCCUAGAACCAAAAAGGGUUCUCCUAUGGGGACAGCCGAAGAACCCUUUUGGAACCCUUUAUUCUAAGAGUGCAGCAUGACAGACCUGUGUACCGUGUGCAUCAUGACCAUAUCUCUCCUGUCUAUUCAUUUGUGUAGAGGUUCUCCCAUAACUGAUCCUGGUACUGCUCUUGUCCAGAGUGUGAUGCUGGGUCAUUAGAUUAGAUUAGGAGUAGACUUCAGGUCACAUAUGAUAUUGACUGAAUAUGCUAUGGCUAGCUUGUCAUACUUUGCCUGCAAACAGCAGUUACCUGCAAAAUGGCUCAUGCUCAGGUGAGCUCCUCAAUGGGUGCGCCGAUCGGGUUGAUCAGGCCCCAUCUGAGCCAGGUGGAUCACCUACUGCUCCCCUCUCUUCAGCCACAGCCAUUACCAUGCCCCCCCCCCCCUGCCUAGCUAUGCAACAUAUCUUCUAAUGCUGUGCUCCCUUUACUCAGAGAAUCCUUAGUGGCCUGGGGAAACUUAUGCCCCAACUUCUACAGGUAGACACUUGGCCUUCCAUCCCUUGUCAGUGCAUUCAUCCACGAGUGUCUGGCACAUCAACCGCUUCCUUGAUGCUCUCCUCCCAUGGAGUCACUAGCAUGAGCAUUUACAUGUUCUUGGUGCUCCCCCAUGGAGUCACUAGCAUGAGCAUUUACAUGCUCCUUGACCAGAUUGGCAGGUCUGGUCUGAGUGUUGUGUUGACAAUCUCCUUGGGGAAGAUGAGGUGCCUUCCCAGGUCAGCUCUUAACUCUUUCCAAUCCGCUGCUGUUUUUCCCAGUCUGCUGCUGUUCCCAGUCAGUCUCCCGCCUCCAGUUAUUACUGUAUAUGUGUUCACUUCAAAAUGUGAAGUUUGUGUUUGGGGAGUGAUUCACACUCCUAGAAGGUAUGUGCAGGUGUGAUUGGUCCUAGGGUUGCAAAAUACCGGUAACUUUUCCAGAAAUCCUGGUUGGAGGAUUCCGGAUUUCCUUAUUUUCUUCCUGAUUCUGGGAACCUCCCAACCAGAAUUUGUGGGAAAGUGACUAUAAAUGUUUGGUCCUCUUCACUCUAUAGCUUCAAAGGGGGACCCAGGAGAGCCAGGGGACCAAGGACCCAGAGGACCACCAGGACCACUUGGAGACCCUGGUGUCAGAGGAGCCCAAGGCCCACUGGGAGGCCCAGGUAAUGGACCACUAAAGUCCCCUUCUGUAUGUCACUCAUUUAAUAUUUUCUCCUUAGGACAGGGUACAAGACAUUUCAUAUUUUCUCCUUAGGACAGGGUACAAGACAUUUCAUGAAUGUAUAUACGGUGAGGGAAAUAAGUAUUUGAUCCUCUGCUGAUUUUGUACGUUUGCCCACUGACAAAGAAAUGAUCAGUCUAUAAUUUUAAUGGUAGGUUUAUUUGAACAGUGAGAGACAGAAUAACAACAAAAACAUCCAGAAAAACGCAUGUCAAAAAUGUUAUGAAUUGAUUUUCAUUUUAAUAAGGGAAAUAAGUAUUUGAGACCCCUCUGCAAAACAUGACUUAGUACUUGGUGGCAAAACCCUUGUUGGCAAUCACAGAGUUCAGACGUUUCUUGUAGUUGGCCACCAGGUUUGCACACAUCUCAGGAGGGAUUUUGUCCCACUCCUCUUUGCAGAUCUUCUCCAAGUCAUUAAGGUUUCGAGGCUGACGUUUGGCAACUCGAACCUUCAGCUCCCUCCACAGAUUUUCUAUGGGAUUAAGGUCUGGAGACUGGCUAGGCCACUCCAGGACCUUAAUGUGCUUCUUCUUGAGCCACUCCUUUGUUGCCUUGGCCGUGUGUUUUGAGUCAUUGUCAUGUUGGAAUACCCAUCCACGACCCAUUUUCAAUGCCCUGGCUGAGAGAAGGAUUUGACGGUACAUGGCCCCGUCCAUCGUCCCUUUGAUGUGGUGGAGUUGUCCUGUCCUCUUAGCAGAAAAACACCCCCAAAGCAUAAUGUUUCCACCUCCAUGUUUGACGGUGGGGAUGGUGUUCUUGGGGUCACAGGCAGCAUUCCUCCUCCUCCAAACACGGCGAGUUGAGUUGAUGCCAAAGAGCUUCAUUUUGGUCUCAUCUGACCACAAAACUUUCACCCAGUUCUCCUCUGAAUCAUUCAGAUGUUCAUUGGCAAACUUCAUACGGGCCUGUAUAUGUGCUUUCUUGAGCAGAGGGACCUUGAGGGCGCUGCAGGAUUUCAGUUAAUCACGGCGUAGUGUGUUACCAAUUGUUUUCUUGGUGACUAUGGUCCCAGCUGCCUUGAGAUCAUUGACAAGAUCCUCCCAUGUAGUUCUGGGCUGAUUCCUCACCGUUCUCAUGAUCAUUGCAACUCCACGAGGUGAGAUCUUGCAUGGAGCCCCAGGCCGAGGGAGAUUGAAAGUUAUUUUGUGUCUCUUCCAUUUGCGAAUAAUCAAACCAACUUUUGUCACCUUCUCACCAAGCUGCUUGGCGAUGGUCUUGUAGCCCAUUCCAGCCUUGUGUAGGUCUACAAUCUUGUCCCUGACAUCCUUGGAGAGCUCUUUGGUCUUGGCCAUGGUGGAGAGUUUGGAAUCUGAUUGAUUGAUUGCUUCUGUGGACAGGUGUCUUUUAUACAGGUAACAAGCUGAGAUUAGGAGUACUCCCUUUAAGAGUGUGCUCCUAAUCUCAGCUCGUUACCUGUAUAAAAGACACCUGGGAGCCAGAAAUCUUUCUGAUUGAGAGGGGGUCAAAUACUUAUUUCCCUCAUUAAAAUGCAAAUCAAUUUAUAACAUUUUUGACAUACGUUUUUCUGGAUGUUUUUGUUGUUAUUCUGUCUCUCACUGUUCAAAUAAACCUACCAUUAAAAUUAUAGACUGAUCAUUUCUUUGUCAGUGGGCAAACGUACAAAAUCAGCAGGGGAUCAAAUACUGUUUUCCCUCACUGUAUGCUUGUUUAGUGUCUACAUGUGUAAACAUUUAGAUGCUAAAGUUUGUGUGUGUUUGUGUGUAUGCAGGUUUCCCUGGUCCUUCAGGCCCGCCGGGUCGUCCAGGUUCCCCAGGGCCUCCUGGAGGAUUUCUCGGAACUCAAGGCCCCAAGGGCAAUCCUGGACCGCCCGGUCCCCCAGGUACUAAGACCCAACCUACGUGGCACAUAGUGACAGGCCCUAGCCUUUUAGGGGCCCUAAGAUUUGGUUGGGGGGCCCCCUCACCUCGGGCAAAACAUUUAAGUUCCCCCCCCCCCCCCCCCCCUCUUGGCGACAGAGAGAAAAAUAAUGCUAUUUCAAAGUUAAUUUCCUGCAAUUCUACACAUUUUGCCAUGAAUAGAGAAAAUUAUGCAGUUUUUGCAAUUCUACACAUUUGGAAAACAUUGUUGUAGUUUUAAAGCUAAUUUCCUGCAAUUCUACAUGUUGCCAUGAUUUAUGCCAUGUUCAUCCAAUAUCUGGGUGAGAGUGACUUAAACAGUCAAUAGGGGCCCCCUGGAGGUCGGGGCCCCGUGCCCGGUCGGUAAUUCGGCCAUGAUUACUACAAGGUUUAGACAGCUGGCCGGACUCAUUUACCUAGCAAUCAAAAACAUUAAGCUGACAAUGGUAUACAUGUACGCUGUACAGUUGACCCGGGCAUGGUAUUGAUGUAUAUGGGAUUGACUUGAUGUGAAUUUCUCCACAGGGCCCCCGGGACCCCCAGGUCUACAUGGUCUGAACGGGCUACAAGGUCAGAAAGGAGAGAAGGGAGCAAGAGGUGAGGGGACAUACAAUUAUCAAUAAAUAACUCUCAAUAAAUAAUAUAUAUACAGUGGGGGGAAAAAAGUAUUUAGUCAGCCACCAAUUGUGCAAGUUCUCCCACUUAAAAAGAUGAGAGAGGCCUGUAAUUUUCAUCAUAGGUACACGUCAACUAUGACAGACAAAAUUAGAUUUUCUGGAGAAAAAAAAUCUCAUUUUGUCUGUCAUAGUUGACGUGUACCUAUGAUGAAAAUUACAGGCCUCUCUCAUCUUUUUAAGUGGGAGAACUUGCACAAUUGGUGGCUGACUAAAUACUUUUUUCCCCCACUGUAAAUAUAUAUUAUUUAUUAAUCCAGGUAAAGUAUGUUCUAAUAAAAACAGAUACCAGUAGUCCCUUAUGCAUCAUCUCACUCUCUCAGGACCAGAUGUGUCGGGCCCACCAGGGCCAACUGGGUACCCCGGAGUCAAAGGCCACACAGGACCCCAGGGACCCCCGGGAUCUUCUUACCCCGGACCAAAAGGCCUAAUGGGCCCUCAAGGCAACCUUGGUACUGUUUGUAUCAGUCAUGAGUGGAAACGUGCUUUUCAAGAGUUAGUAAUUGCAUGAUUGAUUAUGCCAUGUAAGAGAUCACCAUGCGUUGGAAUGUAGCAAAAAGGUUGGUGUUGAUUUUCUUUUAACUUUAUGAGCAGUGCAUUCGGGAAAGUAUUCAGACCCCUUGACUUUUUCCACAUUUUGUUACUUUACAGCCUUAUUCUAAAAUUGAUACCCCGUAAUGACAAAGCAAAAACUUACACUGUGUGAUUUUCUUUUAAGUUUCUAUACAUUAGAUACAGAAUGUACUGUGUCAUUGCUGUGUAGUUCCCCGGUGGAGUGGGGUACAGAUGAGUGUUGCAUGGAAUUGCUGUUGAGUGGAUGGGUUUUUGACAUGAUGUUAGCUACUGUAUGACUCCUGUGGGGUUGAUUGAAUGUGUAAUGUCACCCAGGACUCCCAGGACUCCCUGGUGAGCCCGGUGGUUCAGGUGAAGAGUGCACAGAAUGUCACAGAGGACCCAACGGAGACCCAGGAUACGAAGGCAUUCAUGGACCUCCAGGUGUGUGCGUGUGUGAGCCUGUCUGUCUGUCUGUAUCUGUCAGUCAGUCAGUGUGUACCAGGUGUCAGAUGUCUGUCAGUGUGUACCAGGUGUCAGAUGUCUGUCAGUGGGUACCAGGUGUCAGAUGUCUGUCAGUGGGUACCAGGUGUCAGAUGUCUGUCAGUGGGUACCAGGUGUCAGAUGUCUGUCAGUGUGUACCAGGUGUCAGAUGUCUGUCAGUGUGUACCAGGUGUCAGAUGUCUGUCAGUGUGUACCAGGUGUCAGAUGUCUGUCAGUGUGUACCAGGUGUUAGGUGUUUCUGUGUGUUUUUCUUGUCUCAGUAUUUGAGUGUUUUCAGGACCACCCGGUGAACCGGGUCCUGCUGGUACUGCAGUACCCUCCCCAGGAGACCAAGGCCCCCAAGGGCCACCAGGGCCCGAUGGCCAUAAAGGACAGAGAGGCCCCCCAGGACCCCUAGGGCCAACAGACUACUCAGGACCACAAGGACCUAAAGGUAACCACAUAACACACAACUCCGAAACAGAAAACGGUGUAAAAUAUUUCACAAUGGAAACAAAAAUGUGUUUAUUUUUAUUGGGCAGGUCGAGGUAGUCCCUCCCUGAUUUAUUUUAUCUGUUUGGUGCCUAAUGUUAUUUUCUGAUAGGUGCCAGAGGCCCUGUGGGUCACAUGGGCCCCAACGGACCACAAGGUCGUCCAGGCGCCUACGGCCUUCUGGGGCCCAAAGGUGACAAAGGCAGACCUGGGGACGCAGGUGAGCACUGAGACCAAUAGAGAUAACUGAGACAAUUCUAGCUGUUUAGCCUGUCCUGUUCUUCUGACAAUGAGGUUACUUUGUAUCCCCCUGCAGGUCCCAAAGGCCACCCCGGUCGGGUUUUGGAUGGUACCGUUACCACUCAGGAACCCCAAUGUGGGAUCCAAGGCCCCUCAGGAUCAUCAGGUCCGAAUGGGCCCACGGGAAAUGCUGGGCCCCGUGGGAACCCUGGGCCUCGUGGUAGGUGACCUACAGAAACAUGAGGUGUGUGUGUGUGUUACUUUCACACUGACUGACUGGUGGUGUCAUUCUCUCUAGGUCCUAAGGGCCCUGCUGGGUCACGAGGGCCCCCAGGGAGAAACGGACCUCCAGGUCCACCUGGACCUUUAGGAGACCCAGGCGAUCAAGGACAGCAAGGUUUUGUGGGACUUCAGGGUAAACACAGACACACACACACACACACACACACACACACACACACAGACACAGACACACACAGACACACACAGACACACAGACACACAGACACACAGACACACACACACACACAGACACACACACACACACACACACAGACAGUCAUUUAGCAGACGCUCUUAUCCAGAGCGACUUACAAAUUGGUGCAUUCAACUUAGGAUAGCCAGUGGGACAACCACUACUGGGGAGGGGGGGUGUAGAAGGAUUACUGUUAGACUAUUCCAGGUAUUCCUUAAAGAGGUAGGGUCUCAAGUGUCUCCUGAAGGUGAUCAGUGACUCCGCUGUUCUGGCGUCGUGGGGGAGCUUGUUCCACCAUUGGGGUGCCAGAGCAGCGAAUAGCUUUGACUGGGCUGAGCGGGAACUGUGCUUCCGUAGAGGUAGGGGGGCUAGCAGGCCAGAGGUGGAUGAACGUAGUGCCCUCGUUUGGGUGUAGGGUCUGAUCAGAGCCUGAAGAUAAGGAGGUGCCGUUCCCCUCACAGCUCCGUAGGCAAGCACCAUGGUUUUGUGGUAGAUGCAAGCUUCAACUGGAAGCCAGUGGAGUGUGCGGAGGAGCGGGGUGACAUGAGAGAACUUGGGAAGGUUGAACACCAGACGGGCUGCAGCGUUCUGGAUAAGUUGUAGGGGUUUAAUGGCACAGGCAGGGAGCCCAGCCAACCGCGAGUUGCCUGGAUUAGGACCUGUGCCACUUUCUGUGUAAGGUAGGGUCGUACUCUGCGAAUGUUGUAGAGCAUGAACCUGCAGGAUCGGGUCACCGCUUUGAUGUUAUUGGAGAACGCCAAGGUUCUUUGCACUCUGGGAGGAGGACACAAUGGAGUUGUCAACCGUGAUGGCGAGAUCAUGGAGCGGGCAGUCCUUCCCCGGGAGGAAGAGCAGCUCUGUCUUGCUGAGGUUCUGCUUGAGGUGGUGAUCCGACAUCCACACUGAUAUGUCUGCCAGACAUGCAGAGAUGCGAUUCGCCACCUGGUUAUCAGAAGGGGGAAAGGAGAAAAUUAAUUGUGUGUCGUCUGCGUAGCAAUGAUCCACACUGAUAUGUCUGCCAGACAUGCAGAGAUGCGAUUCGCCACCUGGUUAUCAGAAGGGGGAAAGGAGAAAAUUAAUUGUGUGUCGUCUGCGUAGCAAUGAUAGGAGAGACCAUGUGAGGAUAUGACAGAGCCAAGUGACUUGGUGUAUAGAGAGAAUAGGAGAGGGCCUAGGACUGAGCCCUGGGGGACACCAGUGGUGAGAGCACGUGGUGCGGAGACAGAUUCUCGCCACACCACCUGGUAGGAGCGACCUGUCAGGUAGGAUGCAAUCCAAGAAUGAGCAGCGCCGGAGAUGCCCAACUUGGAGAGGGUGGAGAGGAGGAUCUGAUGGUUCACAGUAUCAAAGACAGCGGAUAGGUCUAGAAGGACAAGAGCAGAGGAGAGAGAGUUAGCUUUAGCAGUGCGGAGAGCCUCUGUGACACAGAGAAGAGCAGUCUCAGUUGAAUGACCAGUCUUGAAACCUGACUGGUUUGGAUCAAGAAGGUCAUUCUGAGAGAGACAGCAGGAGAGUUGGCUAGAGAUGGCACCCUCAAGAGUUUUGGAGAGAAAAGAAAGAAGGGAUACUGGUCUGUUGUUGUUGACAUCGGAGGGAUCGAGGGUAGGUUUUUUGAGGAGGGGUGCAACUCUCGCUCUCUUGAAGACGGAAGGGACAUAGCCAGCGGUCAAGGAUGAGUUGAUGAGCGAGGUGAGGUAAGGGAGAAGGUCUCCGGAAAUGGUCUGGAGAAGAGAGGAGGGGAUAGGGUCAAGCGGGCAGGUUGUUGGGCGGCUGGCCGUCACAAGUCGCAAGAUUUUAUCUGGAGAGAGAGGGGAGAAAGAAGUCAAAGCAUAGGGUAGGGCAGUGUGAGCAGGACCAGUGGUGUCAUUUGACUUAAUAAAUGAGGAUCGGAUGUCGUUAACCUUCUUUUCAAAAUGGUUGACAAAGUCAUCCACAGAGAGGGAGGAGGGAGGAGGAGGAGGAGGAGAAAGUGGAAAAGAGCUUCCUAGGGUUAGAGGCAGAGGCUUGAAAUUUAGAGUGGUAGAAAGUGGCUUUAGCAGCAGAAACAGAGGAAGAAAAUGGAGAGAGGAGGGAGUGGAAGAUGACAGGUCCGCAGGGAGUCUAGUUUUCCUCCAUUUCCGCCCGGCUGCCCGGAGCCCUGUUCUGUGAGCUCGCAAUGAGUCGUCAAGCCACGGAGCAGGAGGGGAGGACCGAGCCGGCCGGGAGGAUAGGGGACAUAGAGAGUCAAAAGAUGCAGAAAGGGAGGAGAGGAGGGUUGAGGAGGCAGAAUCAGGAGAUCGGAGGGAGAAGGAUUUAGCAGAGGGAAGAAAUUAGAGGAGUAGCGAUGGAAGAGGAGAGAGUAGCGGGAGAGAGAGAGCGAAGGUUGCGACGGCACAUUACCAUCUGAGUAGGGGCAGAGUGAGUAGUGUUGGAUGAGAGCGAGAGAGAAAAGGAUACAAAGUAGUGGUCGGAGACUUGGAGGGGAGUUGCAGUGAGAUUAGUAGAAGAACAGCAUCUAGUAAAGAUGAGGUCAAGCGUAUUGCCUGCCUUGUGAGUAGGGAGGGGGGGGUGAGAGGGUGAGGUCAAAAGAGGUGAGAGGGUGAGGUCAAAAGAGGAAAGGAGUGGAAAGAAGGAGGCAGAGAGAAAUGAGUCAAAGGCAGACGUAGGGAGGUUAAAGUCACCCAGAACUGUGAGGGGUGAGCCAUCCUCAGGAAAGGAACUUAUCAAGGCGUCAAGCUCAUUGAUGAACUCUCCAAGGGAACCUGGAGGGCGAUAAAUGACAAGGAUGUUAAGCUUGAAUGGGCUAGUGACUGUGACAGCAUGGAAUUCAAAUGAGGAGAUAGACAGAUAAGUCAGGGGGAAAAGAGAGAAUGUCCACUUGGGGGAAAUGAAGAUUCCUGUGCCACCGCCGCACUGACCAGAUGCUCUCGGGGUAUGCGAGAACACAUGAUCAGCCGAGGAAAGAGCAGUAGGAGUAGCAGUGUUUUCUGUGGUAAUCCAUGUUUCCAUCAGCGCCAAGAAGUCGAGGGACUGGAGGGUAGCAUAGGCUGAGAUUAACUCUGCCUUGUUUGCCGCAGAACGGCAGUUCCAGAGGCUUCCGGAGACCUGAAACUCCACGUGGGUCGUGCGAGCAGGGACCACCAGAGUAGAGUGGCAGCAGCCACGCGGUGUGAAGCGUUUGUAUGGCCUGUGCAGAGAGGAGAGGAGAGAACAGGGAUAGACAGACACAAGUUGACAGGCUACAGAAAAGGCUACAAUAAUGCAAAAGAGAUUGGAAUAAAAUUAACUAAACAUCUGGGGAAGCGAGAGAGCGGGGCCUCCCUCACUUACCUUUCACUGAAACACUCAAAUAUAACUCUCCCAACUUCCACUUUAGAAAUUGUAAUUGUUGUAAACUACAGUGGUUCAAUGUUUUCUAGGAAUAGACUCUAACUUAGUUUAUUCAGCUAGCUAACUUGGUACAGUAUUCUUCUGUGAAAACUGCCCAGGGCACCGUAUCCUAUGACGCCAAAGCUAACUAGCAUGCUAGCAUCCAAUAACACACGGUUUAGCACCAAUACUUGGUUACAACAAACUACCAAUAGUGUGUUAACACAUUAAACAGAUCAUUUGUGUCCGUGUCUAGUUCCUUUCAUAACGGAUAAAUAAUUAAACGUUGGCUAGCUAGCACAAAGUCAGUCAUGCUAGCUACACAAGUGGACUACUCAUCUCGAAUGUUCAGAAAGUGAAGCCUUACGUUGUCAAAUUCUCAUUGACUAAAAUGAUAUUGUAUUUAGUUGCUACAGUACUGCUAGCUGGUAGUGGUGGCUAGCUAGCAAUGGCUGCGGUGUUGACUUUGUUUGAAAAAACGGCAUCGCUGCGAACGAAUGUAGCUGGCUAGCUAACCUCGAUAGUUUCUCUAUACUACACCUUUAUCUUUGUUACAAAGACAACUAUGUACAGUGAGGGAAAAAAGUAUUUGAUCCCCUGCUGAUUUUGUACGUUUGCCCACUGACAAAGAAAUGAUCAGUCUAUAAUUUUAAUGGUAGGUUUAUUUGAACAGUGAGAGACAGAAUAACAACAACAAAAUCCAGAAAAACACAUGUCAAAAAUGUUAGAAAUUGAUUUGCAUUUUAAUGAGGGAAAUAAGUAUUUGACCCCCUCUCAAUUAGAAAGAUUUCUGGCUCCCAGGUGUCUUUUGUACAGAUAACGAGCUGAGAUUAGGAGCACACUCUUAAAGGGAGUGCUCCUAAUCUCAGUUUGUUACCUGUAUAAAACACACCUGUUCACAGAAGCAAUCAAUCAAUCAGAUUCCAAACUCUCCACCAUGGCCAAGACCAAAGACCUCUCCAAGGAUGUCAGGGACAAGAUUGUAGACCUACACAAGGCUGGAAUGGGCUACAAGACCAUCGCCAAGCAGCUUGGUGAGAAGGUGACAACAGUUGGUGCGAUUAUUCGCAAAUGGAAAUAACACAAAAGAACUGUCAAUCUCCCUCGGCCUGGGGCUCCAUGCAAGAUCUCACCUCGUGGAGUUGCAAUGAUCAUGAGAACGGUGAGGAAUCAGCCCAGAACUACACAGGAGGAUCUUGUCAAUGAUCUCAAGGCAGCUGGGACCAUAGUCACCAAGAAAACAAUUGGUAACACACUACACCGUGAAGGACUGAAAUCCUGCAGCGCCCGCAAGGUCCCCCUGCUCAAGAAAGCACAUAUACAGGCCCGUCUGACAUUUGCCAAUGAACAUCUGAAUGAUUCAGAGGAGAACUGGGUGAAAGUGUUGUGGUCAGAUGAGACCAAAAUGGAGCUCUUUGGCAUCAACUCAACUCGCCAUGUUUGGAGGAGGAGGAAUGCUGCUUAUGACCCCAAGAACACCAUCCCCACUGUCAAACAUGGAGGUGGAAACAUUAUGCUUUCGGGGUGUUUUUCUGCUAAUGGACAGGACAACUUCACCGCAUCAAAGGGACGAUGGACGGGGCCAUGUACCGUCAAAUCUUAGGUGAGAACCUCCUUCCCUCAGCCAGGGCAUUGAAAAUGGGUUGUGGAUGGGUAUUCCAGCAUGACAAUGACCCAAAACACACGGCCAAGGCAACAAAGGAGUGGCUCAAGAAGAAGCACAUUAAGGUCCUGGAGUGGCCUAGCCAGUCUCCAGACCUUAAUCCCAUAGGAAAUCUGUGGAGGGAGCUGAAGGUUCGAGUUGCCAAACGUCAGCCUCUAAACCUUAAUGACUUGGAAAAGAUCUGCAAAGAGGAGUGCGACAAAAUCCCUCCUGAGAUGUGUGCAAACCUGGUGGCCAACUACAAGAAACGUCUGACCUCUGUGAUUGCCAACAAGGGUUUUGCCAAGUACUAAGUCAUGUUUUGCAGAGGGGUCAAAUACUUGUUUCCCUCAUUAAAAUGCAAAUCAAUUUAUAACAUUUUUGACAUGCGUUUUUCUGGAUUUUUUUGUUGUUAUUCUGUCUCUCACUGUUCAAAUAAACCUACCAUUCAAAUUAUAGACUGAUCAUGUCUUUGUCAGUGGGCAAACGUACAAAAUCAGCAGGGGAUCAAAUACUUUUUUCCCUCACUGUAGCUAGCUAACAUUACACUAAUCAAAUCGUUCCAUUGUAAUGUAAUGUGUCAUAUUACCUGCGGAGCGAAGUACAGCAUGACUACUCACUCCAGGAGCCAACUCAACUCCCAGACACACACACACACACAGAGACACACAGAGAGACAGACUAUCUAACAAAUAGUAACAGAAGUAAGACUUAAGCCGUCUCACCGUGGACCUCAACAUAAUGCAGUAUACUAACCUCCUUCGGUGUAAACACAUGCACUCCCACUCCCCACAGGUCCUCCGGGUUCUCAGGGUGACCGUGGCUACCCCGGCUCCACUGGCUCUGUGAGUUCAGGCUUCCUGCUGGUGAUCCACAGCCAGUCGGUGGAGGUCCCUGUGUGUCCCGAGGGCAGCAGCCCCCUGUGGACCGGCUACAGCCUGCUCUACUUGGAGGGACAGGAGAGAGCACACACACAGGACCUGGGUACGUAUGAACCACUAGAUGUGUGUGGAGGGGUGGAUCGAGGGUAGGGGUGGUGUGGGAGGGAGGGGAUACUAACUAAUAAGGUAUCUCCAUUUUGUGUCUGCUCAUCAAUGUAUUCACGUCUGUCUUUCAAUGUAUUCACAUCAUGGUUGGGGUCAAUUCCUUUUCAGUUCAGUCAAUUCAGGAAGUAAACCAAAAUUAAAAUGUUCCUAUGAGAAAUAAAUAGUAUUGGAAUUGGAAUUUCAGUUCCUGAAUUGGCUGAAUUGAAUUGACCCCAACCCUGAUUCACUGUCUCUCUCCCUCCCCCCUCCACUCUCUCUCUUGCUCUCCUCUCCCCCCCCCAGGUCAGGCCGGCUCCUGUCUGCGUGUCUUCAGCACCAUGCCCUUCUCCUACUGCAACACAGGCACCUGUGACUACGCCAGCCGCAACGACAAGUCCUACUGGCUCUCCACCACCGCCGCCGUGCCCAUGAUGCCCGUGUCGGGCCGCGACAUCCGCGCCCAUAUCAGCCGCUGUGCCGUGUGUGAGACGCCCUCGCCGGCCGUGGCGGUGCACAGCCAGGAUUACAUCGUCCCCACCUGCCCCCCUGGAUGGAGGAGUCUGUGGGCUGGUUACUCCUUCCUCAUGGUGAGUGUGUGGUGGUGGUGGUGGGGGGGGAUCUCUCUGUGUGUGUGUAUGAAAAUGUAUGCACUCACUAACUGUAAGUCGCUCUGGAUAAGAGCGUCUGCUAAAUGACUAAAAUGUAAAAUGUGUGUGUGUCUGUAUUGUGUGCAAAGUUGUGUUUUGAUGUAGGUGUGUGUGUGUGCUUUAUCUGAAUAGAGUGUGUGUAUAUGACUGUGUUUCGCUCACACUAUCCUCUCCUCUCUCCAGCACUCUGGUGCGGGCGACGAGGGUGGCGGCCAGUCUCUGAGCUCAUCCGGCAGCUGCCUGCGAGACUUCCGUGCCCAGCCCUUCGUGGAGUGCCAGGGACCGCGGGGCACAUGCCACUACUUCGCCAAUGUCUACAGCUUCUGGCUGACCCAUGUUUCCCUGGCCGAGCAGUUUGGCCCCGUCCCCGUCCCUAGCGUGUUGAAGGCCGCCGAUCAACAGCGCCAGCAGGCCAGCCGCUGCCACGUGUGCACCAAGGGCUGAACACCUUAUGAACACCACAUAUUUAUUUUCUUAGAUUGUUUUGUUUGUUGGUAUUUUGUAUGUUUAUUGGAUUGAAAGAGAUAGAGGUGAAAGAGAAGAGUGAGUGUGCUGAAAGAGCAGUAGAACAGAUUUGAAUCCAUGCUGGCAGCGGUACAUCAUACAUGUGCUCCAGAUCGCUAGACCAACCCAGGCCACGUCACCUCCUAUGUCAUCCAUAAGUCAAGUUGCCUCCCUAAUAUGAUUGCCAAACUACCCCGACCCCGCUACAUCACUGUCCCAAUGCUAUGCUAGCCCUGUCAGCACCCAGUCCCACCUGGUAGUCGGUUGUUCUCUGUUGAACCUUAUACAUUUGUCAACUUGUCAGGGAUACAUACAAUCAUCAUCUACUACCGUCUACCAUUUUGACCAUGGUGGCUAGUUUUUAAAAAACCAUAGUGUGGAUUGCAGUCUAUACUAGUCCAUAUACCACAUUCAAGGUAAGGAAACAUCAAUCAAGUAUGGAGGAUGAUGUAAUUUCACUGAACUAUCCCUUUAACUUACUUCGUGAUGGCUGGCAUUGGCCAGGUCAUAGACGGGUUGGUUGUUUAGCAACAAAACCGACGCGUGCGCAACUAUGGGGUAAAACAGACGGGGUUGGCUUAGAUUGUUGACAACAUGUAAACUAUAUUUCGUCUCCAAUGUUUAUUGAAAACAUAAAAAAAUGUGCUCAAUGGGCACUUAAUGUCUCUCAAAUACGUUACAGUUGUUGGUUAGCUAGCUAGCGAAUUUUAGCCAUAUUAGCAUAGACGUGAAAUCAGUCAAAACACCUCAAAACAAGACAUCAAGAUUAAAACGAGCCACCUACGAUUCCCCACAUGGCAGCUUUUUGUCAUUGUUGCUAGCUAUCUGGCCAUCCAGAAUCAGAACAACACACGGCGUUCUGCCCCAUUAAAGCGCAAGCAUUGUUUUCGUGACAUUGUCAGCUAACCCAUCUAUAGGCACAAUUGUUCAGCACUGAUCAACCUGCACUGAGCACCUCCCAGACCAGGAAGGGACAGUGGACACUGGGAAAGGAGUAAGCCAUGUGAACACACUGGAUUGCUCAGAGAGUGCAGUCGUGACGUGACUUUCAUUAAUAUGAUGACUGUUAUUUAUCGAAUCAACUAACUAUGUUUAAUUGUUACCCGAUUUAAGUUAAUAAUGUAACAAUCAACUCAUUAGGAUUUGGGGCACCACGGGAGAAGUUGUUUAUAUAGUUACCGUCUCCCGAAUUAAACUCUAAAGGUCAUUACCUAUCAAUAUGUAUAAAACAGUCAACGUAUCAAUCAUUACCUCUUAUCAGUCUCAUUCUGAAUGUUCGCAGAAUUCUUGGAUCCGCAAGAACCCCAGCUUUACUUAUGAUUCAGCACUACACAAAUUGGCUUAAUUAUUUAUUUACUAGCGAACUAAAUAAUAACACAGAAUACAUACAUACUUAAUACAUGAGAAAAAGUCCCUAGCGGACUAGAACAGCAUGACUGCUUAGUUAUCAAAAGAGGGAGGGGUAGAUAGGGAGAGACAAAGAGAGUGAAACUUAUCGUUGAUACAUUUGGAAGCUACCCUCAAAGUAAGUCUUUGUCCGUCGUCUCUCCGUUGAAACCAAUCAAUCCUUCUAUGGGGAAGGAGUAGGUUUUAGUGUCCCGUUUCGGUGUAAGGCUCAGCUUGUCCACCAGAGGUCACAAUGUCCUUCGUAGUUGUCCUGGCUUUGAGUGGAGUGUUCAAAUAGAACAGAUACUCAGAUGCAUUCUAAUGAUAGUCUGAGAUGGGAUUUUCUCCUUCCCCCUUGUGUGGUUAGUUAAAGUUCUAGACCACUUUACACUGACAGCUGCAGACUGGCAACGUUCUGGUCUGGGAGUUCAUCUUCUUCUCCUCGGGUUGAGAUUCAAAGUUCUAACCAUUUCAAACGUGUGGACUACCGUCUCCACGCUUUCUGGCCUGAUGUGAAUUUGUCUUUCAAGCCUUUAUGCCCUCUGGUAAAAGGGGCAUUCGUACUUGCUGACCCGGUCUCUGAGCUCACUCUGGGGGAAUGGCUAGUCACCAUGCAUAGCUGAUAUGAAAACCUAUGAUCUCGUUUAGAAAACUAAAACCACAUUCCUAUCUUAACAAAAAUACUCUCAUAAUUCUCCAUAUUAUAUACACAACAUAUUGAUGUAAACUUGACAGAUAAAGUGUGUAUACUUUCCAAAUUACUGUAUUUUUAUUAUAACAUUUUUAAUGACAUCACAAAAUAAUAAACAAUAUGGCAUGAUUAGUCUUUAGAUCCCCACUGACCAUUCCAUACAUUUGGAUGUUAGAAAUAUUGUUCCAGUGUUUACUUUUUGGAUGUUAUAGUUUUGGCGGCAAAAGUAUUCUGGAGGACAAAGCACAUUCCGAUCACCAUACUAGAGGGUCAGAUUAAUAGAUUCUCCUCCUCUUAGAUUUACGAGGUGUCAAAACCAUUGUUGUCAGCCAUUUGCCAAGCUGAUCUGAGGCCUUUGAUCCUCACCCAGGAGAUUCAUGACAGCGCUCAACAGUGGAAAACCAGCUAUUCACUCCCACAAAGACUACAGGCUAAAAGACACAGUAUGUAAAACUGUGUAUGUAAAAAUCUGUAUGUAAAAUAACCAAUAAUCUAGUAUUGUUGUAUCAAUAUCCAUGUCAUAAUGUUAGAAUUAAGUAAUAAGUCCCGAGGGGUGUGGUACAUGGCCAAUAUACCACAGCUAAGGGCUGUUCUUGGAAACAGCCCUUAGCCGAGGUAUAUUGGCCAUAUACCACAAACCCCCAAGGUGCCUUAUUGCUAUAAAAAACUUGUUACCGACAUAAAUAGAACAGUAAACAAGUAUUUUGGCGUCAAAGCCGUGGUAUAUUGUCUGAUAUACACACUUCUGGAAUGCUGUUUCAGCCAACCAGCAUCCAGGACCCAAACUACCCUGUUUAUAAUUUAUAAUUUACACAACUGCUAUUACAGUUUGAAAAUGCACUGGUCCCAUUUUUUCGUACAUCAUAACUGUUUUAUAUACCGGUUUUUAGUUGUGUAAAAUGAAAUGACAAAUGAAAUGGUUUAAUUUAGUUUCUUGUGUCUUGGUGUGAAUAUCAAUUUUGUUGAUGUUGGUGCUGAUUAUUACAGUCGUGCUGUUAUUGUUUUUGAUCAAAUUGAGCUAUUCCAUGUUUGUAUAACAGAUACGCAAAUGUCGUUAUUCUUUAAAAGUUGUAUCCACAAUGACAAAUUCCUUGUGAAUCAUGUCAUUUACAGGGACCUUUUCCAUUAACUUUAACAAGUGCUCUUUUUUUAAGGUUACUCUUAUUGAAAACCAUAAGUAUCCAAGUAAAUCGGAGUGAAAUGUAAAGACCAAAAGCACAAUCACAUAUUUUACCAGGAGUCCCAGCUCUUCCACAGUGAGUCGGAAGUUAAUAUUUAUUUCUCUCGACAACAGAAGCCAAUCAGCAUACAGUACUUUUUUCUUUUCUUUUCCUUUUUUAGAAUGAAGAGCACAAUCAACACAAUGAGACAGUGCUGUGCUCUCUCUACCUCUUCACAGUGCACACUAUUUACACACACAAAAAGGAUCGUUAAACAUCGUUGUACAUUUCCGACCUGCGCUGACCUACCACUUGGGUCAGAAAAGUUAAUGUUUUAAACAAUCAUUUCAGUGUUCACCUGCAUACAUUGUCGAUUGGCACACACUAACGCACAAGGUGUAAAGGGCUUGUUGAGGACCGCCGUGUUGAUUUCUCAAUGGAAGGGGUACUGCACUGGCUUAACCAGUUAGGUUGUUCAUGCUACUCCUAGACUUUCUUUCCUCUAUUCCUAUAGGCUGCUCAUGUCUGCCAAUGGAUGGACAGAUUUGGGGCUCUAUCCGUUUAUUGGUCUCUUAACCCAUUUUGAUGCCCAACAUCACUACAGUGCAUUUGUACCUUAAAUAUCCUCAAAGUGAUUCAUGGCUUGAUGUAGAAGCCACAGAUCUGGGGUCAGAUUACCCAAAUCCUAACCUUAGCCAUUAGGAGAUCAUUAAAAAAGAAUUGCCCUGGACCAGCGGUUAGAGGCAACACCUGACUCACAUUGACUUCAGGUGCAUGCUGGUCUAUGCUUGCCUGACGACUCAAACUGAAUUUAUCAUUCGCUACAUACUUCAGUCUGAGACUGCCAUCAUUGAAGUCGUUUGUGGUGUCGUCAAAAUGAAGGGUGUUGUACAAAACAGUCAUCAGCGAUUGGAUCAUCUCUAACCAAUCAGAGUAUCAAAGACAAUGACUAAUUGUCAAAUGCCGCUUUACCCACGUGUUCUGGCUCUGGCCCAACCUAUUGGUUUCUGGGACAAAUCAGACGGUCGAGAAUGGAUUUCCAUUCUAGAAAUCGUUGGGGAGGUACUCAGAGCCAGACUCAUUGUGGAGAAGAAACUAACGUAGCUUUUGGCCGGAGCAAGGAUUCUGGGUAGCCAGGCAAGGUCUAUGGACAGACAGGAAAAGGAGAUAGGAGGGGAAUCAGAUUUUUUUUUUCAAUACAUACAUUGUAUUUCUUACAUACAAAAGAGAACCACUUUAGAUGAUGUAAAAGAGAACCACUUUAGAUGAUGCAGGAGGUUGAGCUAGAGGAGCAACAGAUGGGCAUGGAUACUGCCUAAUUGAGUGUGAUGGAUGAUGGGUAGUGUAGUUUUUUAAUUAUUAACCUUAAGCCUUGAUCUGUAGGCCCUUGUGCAACCCUUCUUAUACUUGGGCAGAGCUGUGGCCACGCUAUAGGUCCUUAUCUAAUGCCUAAAAUGGAUGCCACCAAGCAGCCGCCAAUCACGGGGUAACAUGUUACAGACAGCCAAUCAUCCGCCACCAUACCACCCAGCCUGUGGGUACAGUAUCUACUCUGUGAGAGGAAGCCCUCAAUGUGCCUGGCACAGUAGGACAGCUUUGCCACCAACCCAUAUUAGAUAACCAACCCUUGCAAAGUGCAACGUCACCACCCACAAUUGACCUCAACAGGCUGGCUGGUUUGGGAUAAUAGGUUCACGUUUAUCUCCCCGACCCACCCUUGUUUCCAUCUUCGUGUAAUGUCAUCGAAAAUUGUCACUUGUGUACUACAUGCCAGCCAACCCAUCUAAGAAAUCCUCAUCAAAGGCUCUGACUGACUAGACAGCUAGUGAACAUACAAACUGAAGCACAAGAUUCCUGACCUGUUCUAGGACUAAGUAUUAUACAUUCUAGAACACAUUGGCCCAAGGGCUAAUGGCAACCAGAGCCAGGUAUUUAGAUCUAAAUAUAUGGCUCGGAUAGAAACCUAUGUCAACUGAACUCCUCAAGCUACAGUGACAGCAUGUUGACAGUCAGAAUAUCCUCCAUGGAAAUUAAUUGAGCAUUUGGCAUAAAGAAUUAUGCUUGAUAGACUAUGCUUUAAAAUGUUAAAUACCAAAACAAAAACGUAAAUAAAACAUUGGAUUGAGCUACAUAGUUUUUGCUGCUUCAUCGCUUUUUGUUUAGAAAAUAUCUAUUCAUACGAAGUCACACGAAAUAGAAAAAUAUCAAAUAUCACUGGUGGUGAUAAGAAAAAAUGACAACCUGAACAAGUGGAAAUAUUGCUAUGGUAACCACCAUUAUCCUUUGACAUCAGCGAUUCCCCCCUGCUCUUAUUGGCUGCAACUGACACCUCUGAUGCGGAGUGGGCCAAUCAGUAGGCACAGAGUCCAGAAGGAGGAUGGGCGUGGGGCUAAGUGGGUUAUAGUCAGAUGGCUGUGUCCCAGAACACGGUGGUUUGUGUAGGGUAGGGGGGAGGCCGGAUCUUUUUGGCCCCGUUGCUCUUCCCCCAGGUGGGGAGGGUAGGCAUGCUGUCCUGCUUACAGAGGUUCCGGUCCGGGGGGUUCCUGUCUGGCUGUUGCCUGGAGCGGAUCUCAAUGCACAGGGAGCGCUUCCUUUCAAUCUGCUCCAGCAUGGUGCUGUCCCCACACAUCCACGGCAUCUGGGACGCCUGGGGAAAAGCGGAGCGGUAAGUAACCAGGGAAAGUAAAUCAAGCACAUCUCAAGAAUAAAAGAAAACAAAUCUAUAUUGAUCCAGGUCUGGAGGAGGGGCCUAUCUCAUCAACUUACCUGUGCCUCUGGUGCUCGCCUCUGUGGGGUCCCUAAGGGAGAGGGUGUAACUGGGGCGGAGGAAGAAUGGCCAUACUUCGGAAGUGCUGGUUUCAGCUCUAUAAAGACGGACAAAUGCGUUUUUAAUUAAUUAAUUAACUUUUAAUGGUUUACAUGUAAACAAAACAAAACCUUACGGUGAAGCAAUACGCAGUUGUAAGCCUAAACACAAUCUCAGACCCACCACAUGCAUUGAUGUCCGUUACCAUCUUUCAAGACCAGAAUAAAUAUUGUACUUUGAAGACCACCAUGUUUUUCCGUCUUGCCUAUAAGAUAACGCAUUUACUUCUAUGUUGUGUAGCCUAAGCUCCUAGCUUUUUCGGCUACAAUGUUUCAAAAAAGCACCUGCACCUGGUCAAGGCAGUGUGAGUAUCUUCCCGUCAAAACCAUAGAAAAGCAAGUUGCAGUCCAAAAAUAAUUUUAGACUGCAACCUGAUGAGCACAGUUGGCGAAGUACCCUAGGUAAGUUGCUUAUUUCAUGUACAGUACCAGUCAAAAGUUUGGACAUGCCUACUCAUUCAAGGGUUUUUCUUUAUUUUCACUAUUUUCUACAUUGUAGAAUAAUUGUGAAGACAUCAAAACGAUGAAAUAUUUUUUUUUAAAUUUUUUUUCACCUUGAUUUAACCAUGUAACCAGUUAGAACAGGUUCUCAUUUACAACUGCGACCUGGCCAAGUAAAGCAAGUAGUUCAAUAAAAACACAAGAGUUACAUAUGGGGUAAAAAACAUAAGUCAUAAAUCAAGAAAUAUAUAUAACAGUUGUGCAAAUGUAGUCAAAUAACACAUAUGGAUAAUCAUGUAUUAACCAUAAAAUAAAUAGUGUUAAACAAAUCAAAAUAUAUUUUAUAUUUGAGACUUCCUCAAAAUCGACACCCUUUGCCUUGAUGACAGCUUUGCACACUCUUGGCAUUCUCUCUCAACCAGCUUCAUGAGGUAGUCACAUGGAAUGCAUUUUAAUUAACAGGUGAGCCUUCUUAAAAGUUAAUUUGUGGAAUCUCUUUCCUUCUUAAUGCGUUUCAGCCAAUCAGUUGUAUUGUGACUGGGGGGGGGGGGGUAUACAGAAGAUAGACCUAUUUGGUAAAAGACCAAGUCCAUAUUAUGGCAAGAACAGCUCAAAUAAGCAAAGAGAAAUGACAGUCCAUCAUUACUUUAAGACAUGAAGGUCAGUCAAUACAGAACAUUUCAAGAACUUUGAAAGUUUCUUCAAGUGCAGUCGCAAAAACCAUCAAGCGCUAUGAUGAAACUGGCUCUCAUUAGGACCACCACAGGAAUGGAAGACCCAGAGAGUAUAAAUUCAAAAGAGUUACCAGCCUCAGAAAUUGCAGCCCAAAUAAAUUCUUCAGAGUUCAAGUAACAGACACAUCUCAACAUCAUCUGUUCAGAGGGCACUGUGUGAAUCAGGCCUUCAUGGUCGAAUUGCUGCAAAUAAACCACUACUAAAGGACACCAAUAAGAAGAAGAGAAUUGCUUGGGCCAAGAAACACGAGCAAUGGACAUUAGACCGGUAGAAAUGUGUCCUUUGGUCUGGAGUCCAAAUUUGAGAUUUUUUUUCGUAAAGCAUGGAGGAGGAGGUGUUAUGGUGUGGGUGUGCUUUGCUGGUGACACUGUCUGUGAUGUAUUUAGAAUUCAAGGCACACUUAACCAGCAUGGCUACCACAGCAUUCUGCAGCGAUACGCCAUCCCAUCUGGUUUGGGCUUAGUGGGACUAUCAUUUGUUUUUCAACAGGACAAUGACCCAACAAACCUCUAGGCUGUGUAAGGGCUGUUUUACCAAGAAGGAGUGAUGGAGUGUUGCAUCAGAUGAUCUGGCCUCCACAAUCCCCCGACCUCAACCCAAUUGAGAUGGUUUGGGAUGAGGACCGCAGAGUGAAGGAAAAGCAGCCAACAAGUGCUCAGCAUAUGUGGGAACUCCUUCAAGACUGUUGGAAAAGCAUUCCAGGUGAAGCUGGUUGAGAGAAUGCCAAGAGUGUGCAAAGCUUUCGUCAAGGCAAAGGGUGGAUAUUUGAAGAAUCUCAAAUAUAAAAUAUAUUUUGAUUUGUUUAACACUUUUAUUUUUACUACAUGAUUCUAUAUGUGUUAUUUCAUAGUUUUGAUGUCUUCACUAUUAUUCUACAAUGUAAAAAUAAAGAAAAACCCUUGAAUGAGUAGGUGUGUCCAAACUUUUGACUGGUACUGUAUAUAUUACAGCUGGGUUUUCCUGUUUAAGAGAUAUAUAUAUAUACAGUAUAUUAGCGCUAUAUAUAUUUAGGAGUUUUCCCUGGUCAGGUCACAUGGUCAGGAGAAACCAUUGGCCCUAAAACCCUUGCUGAAAACCUAUAUUCAGUCAAAGCAAUGAGAUUCUGCAAACCGACCUGCCCAAGCUAACAAACAUUUGCUAAACUGAUGUUUGGAUAUUUUGCUUCAGCUGGUAGGCCUAAAUAUAUAGUUUACUUCAGCAAGUUUAUUUUAUGCCAAUAACUUUCAAAUAUCAAUAAUAACCCACUGGGCACAGAUGUCAGUUAAACGUCUAUUUUUUGAUUUAUAUUAGAUUGAGUUGUCAACUGACAUGAUUUAGGUUAAAAGUUGGGUGAAAAAAAUAUGCAAUUCCCUUAUGUUGAUGACUUUUUGCAAAUCCAAUCAGUUUUCUACGUUGAUUCAACGUCAACACAUUAAUUUAUUUCGUGAGGAAAAACAACGUUGAUUCAACCAGUUUUUGCCCAGUGGGAACCUUACUACCUUGGUUGUAUACAUGUUAGGAUGAGGACAUGUUUAGUGUCUGUAAAUCAUUUACCACAGUCACUUCCUGGUGUCUGGUUGUGUUGAACUGUAUGUGCAAUUUCAAUUAGGCUUUCCUCACCUGUAUUGCCAGUUCCCAACACCAUUGGCGGACUGCCAGCAGGUCUACCGUGCCGAGUUGGUGUGGACGUCGAUGAUUGUUGCCCUGAUACACCGUUCCUCGCUUGUGCUUUUGAUUGCUCAACGCUAUAGGUCCCCCUAUCUCUGCCAUCACGCCUGAGCAAGGCCUCUGAGCUUUGACCAACCCGGUCUUUAUUGUCGCACCUAAGAUCAACCACAUUGACACUCUUGCCGUAGCUAUCGCGCCGGGGGGGCAGCUCUGAGCCAUUGCAGCUUCUGUCCUUGCUGUCACGCCUGGCUUCAAGGCCAUUUCUGGCUGACUCUUUGAUUUCCUGUCGGGGUAAGGGGAAGGGCUCCAUUCCAUUGUAACUUCGUUCUUUGCCAUCAUGUCUAGACUCCAGGCCGUAGCACUCCCUGUCUCGGUCUUUGCUAUUACGUCUGCACUCAAGGCCAUUUCUGGGUGAAUCUUUGCUAUUUUGUCUGGGUAGGAGCUCUGGUGGCUGGUACAAUCGUUCUUUGCUCUCAUGUCUCGAAUCCAUUCCGUUCCUGGUUCGGUCUUUGCUAUCUUGCCUGGGUAGAAGUUCUGGUGGGUUCUGGUGGCUGAGCCUUUCUUUGCUGUCGUGUCUGGACUCCACACCGUUCCGGGGAGAGUCUUUGCCGUCCGGUCGCAGUAACGGCUCCAUGCCGUGGACACUUCUGUCUUUGCUGUCCCGUCUGACAGGCGGGGGUUCCACACUACCACAACCUCUAUCUCUACUGUCCAUUUUUAUAGGCAAGGGCUCCACACUGUUACAACCCUUGUCUUUGCUGUACCGCCUGGGCAGCGGCUCCACGCUGCUACAGCUCCUGUCCUUGGUGUCGCGUCGGUGAGAAGAAGACUCUUUGCUACGUUCCUUACUCUCCCGUUUGGACUCCUUGUGACUGUGCCGCUCCUUGCUCUCCCGUUUGGACUCCUUGUGACUGUGCCGCUCCUUGCCAUCACGUUUGGACUCACUGUGAGACAUACUCUUGGACUCGGCUAUAACAGAGGAGAAACACAGUCGUUGUACCGUAAAAUACCAAGUUAUGUCCACACAAAAAUAACUAGUAAACAUAGGCUAUAUACCAUAAAGAAGAUGAAAAAUGAAAGAACAUCUGUAAAACAAUAUAUAUAUAUACUGCACUACCGCUAUAUGGCCACGCGGUGUCACCCAUGCGCUGUGGUAGCUAUGAACUAUUGGUAUGCUGGGAUGAAACGCUGUUGUUUCGUUCCGCAGAGACAUCCAGGAUGUGACUUGCAUAGAUGCUAUUAUCAAUGGGUAGGUAAAGGCCCAGUAACCACUUUGAAUGCAUUCUUAUUUCAUUUGUUUCUUCUUCUGUGUUAUGGCUCAGACACACCAAUAGCAUUUGCUGGCUGAGAGUACUUAAAGGGACAUUUCAAAAUGUUUCAACUUCAUAUUCAUCAUCUCCAGCUCCACCCCAACGUCAACAUAUGUGAAAAUUGUGCGUUUUUCUGUUUUGUAGUAAAAGAGGAAGAUAAGUGUUUCCAAUGACAUCAUCAACCAAUUAGGAGGCGAUUAGUAGGCGAUGCCUCCUCAUAAUUGGUUAACAUCACAUGAUGCACAACGAUGUCAUUGGAAGCACUUAUCUUCCUCUAUCUUUUUUUGCUGCAAAACUUAUAAACGUGCCAUUUUCACAUGAUGAUGUUUGGGUGGUGCUGGAGAUUAUGAACAAUGUUCCCUCAACAGGCUGUACCCUUACAAUUUUAGACAGUACAUUUACGUAAUUUAGCAGACGCUCUUAUCCAGAGAGACUUACAAAUUGAACAUUUUAGAAAUGUCCUUUUAACACAGUUCGCUUAAAGAUCGGCAGACAAAUGCUAGAUCCACAUUCGGUGCGAUGUGUGCAACCCUUAAUCUGUCGAAUUUGGUGACAUUUUUCUAAAACGAUUGUAAUGUUCUAUCUCGCUCUGCUUGUCUCUUUCUCUCGCGUAGAUCCCUCAUUCACAAAAUUGCUAUGGGCAGCACUGUUCCAUCUGUCCAGAUUUGUAAACUCUAAAGGAAGUUAGAAGUCAGAGAGCGUUCCUCGACGUUCUGACAACCAAAAGGCAACAGCCCAAAAGAGACUGACAUCGGUAAAUCUCUGAGAAAAAAACACACAAAAAAACAUCAUGCAUGGUUGAUUCCCAGCAGAGCGCUUUGGUGCAUUACUAGUCCCAUAUGACAAGGCUUGCGUGUCACCAGUGCGUGCUGGUUGUACGGGUCUGAGAGGUGGUUAACCAGGAGGAAAGUGGGACAUUCUAGCUAGCUGUGAUUCUAUCGUCUAUCCUCCCAGAUAGCAAGAGGGAGGAUGCCUGCACGUGACCAAUCAUAAAACGUUGGUCAGUGGACCUGCCAUUAUGUGAGACCCACGAGGCUGGCUGGACGCUGGUGCUACGAUAGAAAAACCCGUAGACGUCACAGCAUUGCCCGCCACUACAUAGUGUGAGUAAACAUAGUUUAUGAGCCAAAAAAGGGCUAAAGGACAAAUCUGAAUUGUGCAUCAAUAAGACAUUACUGCAAAUGCAUACAUUUUUUCACAGUCCAAAGAAAUACACAGCAAUUGCGUAAAAGGCGAGAUGCAAACAUUUGUCAUAACCACUAAGACUUCCAACAGUCAGAGAAAAUUGUGGUACAAUUCCAGGAAGUCAGCAACUGUCAUAGAUGGGGGGGCUUCUUUCUCUCUCCUGAUUGGUGACUGUGAAUAUGUUUCCCUGAUUGGUUAAAUCUCUACUAGCUGAUUGGGCUAACAGAGGAAUAUAACUCUCUGAUCAGGUGUAAAAGCCUUGGCUGUCUCUCAGGAGCCCGCUGCUGCACGUAAUCAGUUGGAAGCCUGCGUGACCUGCGCUGCGAUUGGCCCACUUCCCCACAUGGAGGGAUUCUGCAAAUAAGAGAGGCUCCUUCUUCUGUUGCUAUGACUGGCUUGGAGUUGAUGGUUGCUAUGAAGCUCUGGGAGGUAAGUGCGGAUUGAUUGACACAUGUCCAGUCCUUUUUUUAAAAACUAUAUGGAUUCAAAUUCACUCAACUGGUGGGAAUUCCCCCAUGGAGUUAGUUGAUACAGUAAUGUUAGAUCUCUCUCCAAAUCACCAGCUGCUCUUUUCUGCCAAUCUGAUAAAAACCCACUCACACACUUCACUGCUCUUGUGACCAUUAUUAAGGAACACAAACAUGUGAAAGUUCUGACUGCUUACACAUUAAUUACUGCAGUACAGUGUGCAUAUGCAAUGCACAGCCUAUGUGGUUUCAAACACAAAUUCAUGUUUUAUUCCGUUGCAUUAGGCCCAUUGAAGUUUCUGUCUCAACAGGAGAGAAGUAAUGGCUGAAUUAUGCAUACAAAUUUAACAUGAAUUCAUGAUUUAAAAUAAACUCACAGGAUGGUCGACAUAAAACUGAAGAAAAAAAAAACGGUUCUGAAGUUAUAUAGAAAUGUGCUAAUCUCCGGUGUUGGGAACCUAUCAGAAUUCACAGUUGAUGUAAUUUUGUCUGGGUCCUGCACUAGACACAAUGGCCUCCUGUGUUUAAACUUGAGGGCUGGGUCCUGGACUGGACUGGACACAUUGGUUUCCUGUGUUUAAACAUGAGGGCUGGGUCCUGGACUGGACACAUUGGUUUCCUGUGUUUAAACAUGAGGGCUGGGUCCUGGACUGGACUGGACACAUUGGCUUCCUGUGUUUAAACAUGAGGGCUGGGUCCUGGACUGGACUGGACACAUUGGUUUCCUGUGUUUAAACAUGAGGGCUGGGUCCUGGACUGGACACAUUGGCUUCCUGUGUUUAAACAUGAGGGCUGGGUCCUGGACUGGACACAUUGGCUUCCUGUGUUUAAACAUGAGGGCUGGGUCCUGGACUGGACUGGACACAUUGGUUUCCUGUGUUUAAACAUGAGGGCUGGGUCCUGGACUGGACACAUUGGCUUCCUGUGUUUAAACAUGAGGGCUGGGUCCUGGACUGGACUGGACACAUUGGCUUCCUGUGUUUAA